AUCUCUCUUUCUUCUUCUCUCUCAUCUCUGAAAUCAUCACACAGACACAAACUCGAUUGCGCACUCACUCUACAUCAUCAUGGAUUGGUUCUCAUGGCUAUCCAAAACCGGCCUAGAGCCCUCGCCUGUGUACGAGUAUGGUCUUUGCUUUGCUCACAACGAGCUCGAGGAAGAAGACAUAGUAUACUUCAACCACGAGUUUCUUCAGAGCAUGGGGAUUUCCAUAGCCAAGCACAGGCUAGAGAUCCUCAAGCUUGCCAGAAAAGAAAAGGGUAGACUAGCAAGUAGCACCCCGCGGCCCAUGACCAGGCUUAUAGUGGCGAUCAAGAAGACCAAGAGGUGUUUUGCUGAGUUCGUGCGGACGUGGACUCGCCGCAGUGAGGACUCUUCAGCUCUGGCACUCGUGCCGAGGCCAAGUAAAUACAGGGCGAGGUUUAGAGGAGCCAUGAUGAAGAGGAGCAAGAACAAGAAGCUGGGGGCGACCAAACAAGUACAAGGCACCAGGUUGUUGCUUACGAAUGGUACAGCUGCUAGUAGUCCGGUGGUGGUUUCGGGGCAGUCUUACGGCGACGGUUUAUCCAGUCCAAUGGUGUACGAUCUUCGAAAGGAGGAGAAGAUGGACGCAGAUGACGAAGCUUACUGGUCCACCGGAGUUGAAGAGAUCAAGUGGGAUACUAUGUUCCAGGACUUGAAACCUACCUGAUCGAGGUUUUGUUCUAGUGCUUUUGCGCAUGCUCAGUAUGUUAUUGGUUUCUUCACUGUUGCCAUCUUUCUUCGAUGGUAUUUUAGUAGUGAGAGAUUGGUUAUUGGGUUCUUCCACCAUAAGAGAGUUUUGGCUUUGUUCAUCACAAGGGUUGUGUAGCUUUCCCGGUGUCGGUGGGUCAUGCAUUGGGCUAAAGUUUAAAUUCAAGGGUCUAGUCCAUUAAUGACUAAUGACAUUGUCUCCUCCCUUGUAUUUGUAUGUGACUCGUCUUUAUCUUUGUUUCUAAUUCAAAGCAGUAGCUUCUAGUGUGA